CACAAGAAACUAACCGAGUGAACAUCUGAGUUAGCACCACGCUGAACCAUGGAGGCGGCUCUGGUGAGUGCGGCGACGGGUGCCUUGAAGCCUGUCCUCCGGAAGCUGGCCACCCUUUUGGGUGACAAGUACAAGCAUUUCAAAGGCGUGCGUGGCGAAAUCAAAUCGCUCAGCAGCGAACUCGCUGCCAUGGAGGCGUUUCUUCUCAAGAUGUCAGAGGAGGAAGAUCCUGACGUUCAGGAUAAGGUAUGGAUGAAUGAGGUCCGGGAGCUCUCCUAUGACAUGGAGGACUCCAUCGAUGACUUCAUGCAAAGUGUGGGCAGCGAAGAUUCAAAGCCAGAUGGUUUCUUGGAAAAGAUGAAGAGCUCGUUGGGGAAGAUGAAGGCUCGUCACCGGAUCGGCAAUGAGAUCCAAGAUUUGAAGAAACAGAUCGUAGAGGUGGCGGAGAGGAAUGAAAGGUACAAGGCCCGUGACGGAAAGGUACAAGGCUCUAGGAAUGAAAGGUACCAGGCCAAGAAUUCAACCAUUGAUCCUAGAGCUCUUGUUAUCUUUCAGCAUGCCUCCGAGCUUGUCGGAAUUGAUAAACCCAAGGCUGAGGUAAUUAAACUGUUGACUAACGGUGGGUCAACACAAGAGCAACCGAAGCUGGUCUCUAUCGUAGGAUCCGGUGGGAUGGGCAAAACAACUCUUGCAUAUCAAGUGUAUAAAGACCUCAAAGGAGAGUUCAAAUGUCGGGCCUUCUUAUCCGUGUCGAGAAAUCCGGACAUGAUGAAUAUUAUGAGAACUAUUUUUAGUGAAGUUAGUGGGAAAGAUUAUGCUAACACUGAAUCAGGGAGUAUACAACAACUCAUUAGCAAGAUCGCCGAUUUCUUGGAAGACAAAAGGUAUUUUGUUGUUCUUGACGAUAUAUGGGACGUAGAUACAUGGCAUGUUCUUAAGCUUGCACUUCCUGUGACUAGUUCUGGCAGUAUCAUAAUCACCACUACUCGUAUAAAUGAUGUAGCCGAAUCAUGCCGUUCAACACCAUUCAAUGGAGAUAUUUAUUGCAUAAGGCCUCUUGAUAUGGUGCACUCUAGGCAGUUAUUUUACGCAAGAUUAUUCAACUCCAAAGAAAAGUGCCCAUCGUACCUUAAAAAGGUUUCCGAACAUAUUUUGAAAAAAUGUGCUGGGUUGCCUUUGGCAAUCAUUGCUAUAUCUGGUUUGUUGGCUAAUACUGAAAGGACAGAGGGUCCAUGGAAACAAGUUGAAGAUUCGAUUGGUCGAGCACUUGAAAGAAAUCCCAGUGUUGAAGGAAUGAUGAAGAUAUUGUCACUUAGUUACUUUGAACUGCCUGCUCAUCUGAAAUCUUGUCUCUUAUGUUUGAGUGUAUUCCCUGAAGACUCUAUUAUUAAGAAGAACAUUGUGAUACGUAGGUGGAUUGCUGAAAGGUUAAUUCAUACAGAAGCCGGAUAUAGCACAACAUAUGAAUUUGGAGAAAGGUGUUUUAAUGAGCUCAUCAACAGGAGUUUGAUCCAACCAGCGAAGAUGGACAUAUUUGAUAGGGUCAAUAGUUGCCGACUUCAUGACACAAUUCUUGAUUUCAUCAUAUCCAAAACUAUAGAAGAAAACUUUGUUACUUUGGUAGGUGUUCCUAGUUUAACUGUUGGAACACAAAGCAAAGUUCGUCGGAUCUCCCUGCAAGCCGGCAAGCAACAAGAACUGAUAGUGCCAAGAGGCUUUGUGUUGUCUCAUGUCCGAUCACUUGAUGUGUUCGGGACAUCGGUGAAAAUCCCUUCAAUGGAUAAGUUCAUGCAUUUGCGUUUUCUUGACUUUAGAGGAUGCAAACAGCUGGAGAACCACCAUAUUGAAAAUAUAGGGAUGUUGUUUUUGCUGAGGUACCUGAGCCUCCAUGGAGCGAAGAAAGUAAAUAAGCUCCCAGAACAAAUCGGACAUCUAUGGUGCUUAGAGGUAUUGGACUUAAGAGACACCUCUGUUUAUGAGUUACCAGCAUCUAUUGCUAAUCUCAAGAGAUUGGUGCACCUAUUUAUCACGAACAUUGUUACACUUCCUUAUGGAAUUUCUAAGUUGCAAGCACUGGAAAAAUUGAAGUAUGUCGGCGUGUGUAGGCAGUCAUUCCUACAAGAACUUGUGCAGCUGCAGAGUCUGAAGGUAUUGCAACUUGAUUUUAAAGAACCUGUUUCUACUGACCAAUUGAACACUGAAAGAAAGAAAGCUAUUAUUGGUGCUUCCCUUAAAAAACUAGGGAACCUUCUGUCUCUAACUGUUUGCUAUGGCCCUGAAUUAGUAGAGAAAUCUCUGUGCCCUAUGCCACUUAGCCUCCAGAAGCUUAUACUUUGGUCUUCGAUUAUUCCCCAUGUUCCAAAGUGGAUGGGCUCCCUUAUCAACCUCCAGGAAUUACGCCUUGAAUUGGCCGGAGCUGAGCAGGAAGAUUUCUAUAUCCUUGGAGGCUUACCUGUUCUGCGUUAUCUGGUUCUGGAAAUUGAUGAUCGUGAAAUUAGAAAUAGUACUCCUUUAAUAAUAAUCUGUGGUGAAGUUGGAUUCCCAUACUUGAGGAAAUUUCGUUAUUAUAGUCCGUUUGCUGGGAUGAAUCUGACGUUUGCGGAUGGAGCCAUGCCUAAGGUAGAUGAACUCUUAAUAGAAUUUAACGCAGCAAAAACUCGGAAUUGGGGUGGAUCUUUUUUGAUCAGUAGUACUAGUGGUUUUGAUCUCGGAAUAAAAAAGCUCCCCUGCCUCGUCAAAAUCAGAUGUGUACUACGCGGAUACGAUAUUAGCAGAGUUGAGGCUGCAAAGGCUGCCAUUCGGGAAGAAGCCAACGCACAUCCCAACCGCCCUAGUUUAUCGUUCGGCUGAUAAUGCGUUGCCGGAAUCGAGCAAUUAGACUGCAACUCCAAAGGUUCAUAAUCACUGGAUUUCUGAGAUCGAAACAUUCAUCAUUCUCUGAGAGGAAACUGUCGAUGGUGAAGAAGCGGGAGGAGAGCCAGAAGAGCAAAGCCAACAGCAGGGCCGAGCAGAAGAAGUCGUCGAAGCUGUCGUGUCAUGGGAGGACACCAAGCAGAAGGCCGCCCCUCACGUGAAGCUCUGAACACAAGACAAGAGGCCUCGACUCUGAAUCAAUCUGGAACUUGCCUAGUUGCCUUCCUGGCGGAUCCUUUAGUUGCAAAGUGCAGAUUCAGAGGAUCACGUCAGAUUCAGAGGAUGACGUCAGCAUGGUGACAAAAUCAUGAACUGCAGGAGGAACUUGAGAAAAAGGCAGAGUAGGCGAAGAAGACGCGGCGGAACCAGGUCGUGACGAUUCAGAAUAAGGGGCAGAGGAGCGGAGAGUUGCCGCCGUGGAGAUGAUCAGGUGCCGGGAGUCGACCACGGCCAGGCACAGGGCCAAACUCCAAAGGGACCACGCCCACCGCCACAGGAAAAAUGCUCUGCUGCUUCGAAUUCGGCUGAGCAACCAACGCACGCAUAGAUUACGACCUGAUGUUGUCAACUAUAGUAGCUCGCGCGCAGAAGAUGUGAUCUGCAAUGUCCGAAAGAGAAACCAGAUGUGCACUUGCUUUACUAUUCGUUUUGAACAUCGAUCAUAAGCGUCGAUCGUGGAUGCAUUAUAUCCAGGAGGGAGAUUUCUAAUUUUUUUU